GUCCACGUAGUCUGUCUUGUGCUGCGCUAUAACUUGAUCAUGGCUAGUCAGUCGAGUGCAUCGUUGCUGAAGUGGGCACAGGCCGCCUCGCGCGGCUUUGCUGCCGCUGCGGCCAGCGGCCCCGGCCGCAAGGUGGCAGUGCUUGGUGCUGCUGGCGGCAUCGGACAGCCCCUGUCGAUGCUCAUGAAGAUGAACGCCCAAGUUUCUCAGCUGUCGCUCUACGAUGUUAUUGGGACGCCUGGUGUGGCUGCUGACGUGAGCCACAUUAACACGAAGGCUCAGGCGAAGGGCUUUGACAAGGAUGGCCUGGCCGAGGCGCUCCGUGGGUGUGACCUGGUUAUCAUUCCUGCUGGUGUGCCACGCAAGCCCGGCAUGACCCGCGAUGAUCUCUUCAAGAUCAACGCUGGCAUCGUUCGCGACUUGGUGGAGGCCGUUGGCAAGCAUUGCCCCGGAGCACUUCUGAACAUUAUCUCGAACCCGGUCAACUCUACAGUACCAAUCGCUGCUGAGCAGCUGAAGAAGAUGGGUGUGUACGACAAGCGGAAGGUCAUGGGCGUGACCACCCUAGACGUGGUCCGCGCAAAGACAUUCUAUGCGGAGAAGAAUGGUCUGGAUGUCGCUUCAGUGGACGUGCCCGUAGUUGGCGGCCACGCUGGCGUCACUAUCUUGCCGCUGUUCUCGCAGGCCACCCCGAAAGUCAACAUGCCUCACGACGUGUUGGAUGCCCUAACCAAGCGCACUCAGGACGGUGGCACUGAGGUGGUGCAGGCCAAGGCCGGCAAGGGCUCUGCAACGCUUUCAAUGGCCUACGCUGCUGCUCUGUUCGCGGACUCCUGCUUGCGGGGCCUAAAUGGCACCCCCGCUGUGGAGUGCACUUACGUGGAGAGCAGCAUCACGGACGCGCCCUACUUCGCCUCGAAGGUCAAGCUCAGCACGGAGGGUGUGGACAAGGUGUUUGAGUUGGGCGCUUUAUCCGACUACGAGAAGGAGGGGCUCAAGGCCAUGAUGCCCGAGUUGCUGGCGUCCAUUGAGAAGGGCGUCGAGUUCAUUAAGUCGGGUUAGAUGCAGCCGAGCAGGAGCAGCUGUCGAUAGGUGUCGGCAGCUGAUGGGGUCCUCGGAUCCCGCAGUUGAAGCUGGAUUACCUCUGCCUUGCGCCCGGCGGGAGCGGCGACGGGGUCGUUAAGCAAUGGCCGGCCCUUCACUCUCUUAACUACAGUUUGGCUCGGAGGUCCCAUUUUUCCCUGAAGAUCUGACCCAAGGCAUUGGCCUUCUCGGGAGAAGAGGGGAUUGUGGUCGUUCUGGGGCUUAGGAUUAUACAAAAUAGUCAAUGGCUCGGCCGUUUAGUGUGCCUCCGCUGGCGGCUGUGUUUUUGCCUCUCUGGCCGUAUCGGUUUGAACUAGCCGGCGAUUUCGGGCACACUACAUGGCUAGCAGCACUUGUUGUCGAAAACUCUGUUCUUGCGAUAUUGGUACUCUUAUUUAUGCCGGAGUACCAAUGGUGAUUCAUAGGUGUACAAUGUGCAAAGCAGCGAGUCGGCAAAUGACCAUGGCAGUCGUGAAAACCGGCUGGUGUGGCAUUUACAUACGGCUGCUGGUGUAAAAAAUGUGCAAGGGAGUUCCUUAGACAAUCUAUCGCAAGUACCCCCGUAGGAAAUAGGAGUUAUAGAAAAAUGUUACAGGAAAACCAUUAGUGUAUACGACGUCGCU